AUGAUUUCAGGUAGAGAGGACCAUUUCUAUGUGAAAGGUGUUAUCCGAGUAAGUUACACCAUCAACCAUUUGUCGUCAGAGAGGAAACUGGAGGUGACAGCAGCUGUCAGUGUGUGUCUGAAACAGAACGAGUGUUUGUUCUCUAAAACCUUCCUUGACAAAGCCAAGAUACCACAACCCCUGUGUGACUGGGAGGCCAUGCUGAAACAGAAAAAUUUCACAUUGUCCAACUGGGCGUCAGGCAAGGGGCUGUCCUCCACCGUCUCUACUCUCUCUGAUACUCUGAUAUCUCAGCUCCUGGAUGAUCUCGGCGUGUCACAGUAUCUCCUCAGUCCAGCCUGUGACCAGUCAGCAAGUCCAUAUUCUCCUGCUGGGGUAAACAACUGGAAUGGUGUAUGCAGUAACAUCACAGUACCAUCACUGCCAGACUCUGUGAGAUGCUAUUUGCACGACAACUGUUCCACUGUCGGCUGUUGUGUGGACGUCCCCCUUAUCAAUAGAGCAAUCCAGAUGAAGUUUGAUGUGGAUAUUUGUAACCUUCAGAUUACUAUGACAUUUGAAAAUCUGUCAUCGACCCUGUCUCUCCUGGAGUACGAAUGGGCCUCACAGAAGUUGGUGAUUGACCUGCGUUUGAAGAUCUGCUUUGAGGGCAACACAUGCGUAUUUGACGUCCCAGUCUUGUCAAAUUCGGAACUAGUCUAUUCUCCGUGCAACUCGAGUCCACCAAUGUCGUUGAGAGGACUGUCCCUUGACUUUUGGAAGGUUGAAAAGUGUGCUCUUCAAACCUCGGAUUGCCAACAACCCCUUCCUGCUGCCAUCUCAAGCACCUGUCGACUGACUGACAACUGCAUGGGCAUCACGUGUUGUGUGGACGUCGACCUCAAGUACCUCGGCAUCUACUCCAUCACUGCCGGCAUCGAGGUUGACCACUGUAAUGACCAACUUGUGUACCAUAUGGAGAACAAAGAGUGGACUAAGAAUCUUCAGACUGUGGAAUAUGACAAAAACCACACAGUGUCAGUUGGCAGUGACAUCUCAUUGAGCUACUUCAUCAGCAAGACUCCGUCCCUCUAUGAAGUGUCCUUUCAUCUGAAAAUAUGCACCACGAGCGGCCUUGAGCUCCCCAACACAUGCUAUUACCACAAGUUCCUGGACACAAAGAUGUUCCAGGUUCCUUCCUGUGUACCUGGUGGACGAAGAAGGAGGAAGAGAGAUGUUCUGGAUUUAAUGAAAACGGGCGAUGUAAAACGGAUCCUUAGAGAAGCUUUGAAGCAGAAUUAUACAAAUGAAGAAAUCAAGGAUCUCCUUGACAGACUGAAGGCAGAAGCAAAAAGACUCAGCUCAGAGGUACUGGAAAGCACUGAAAAGGGUGGCAUGGCGACCAACACUAAGAGUGCCAUCAAGAAGAUGGGUAUAGCCAACCCAGGAACCAUUCUGUACUCAGGGGAGGUCGGCGGUGGCAACGUCGUGCUGGGCAUGGAAGGAGGCGAGAAGAUCAUGAAGGUUCUGGGUCAGGUCACCGACAUCCUGGGUCGCGGGGAUCAGGCGUACACUGUGGGGAAAGGUCUGACUGGGAAAGGACUGCAGCUGCUCGGUGCUAAACUGGCCAACAUGAGCAUCGGGGAGAUGAUCGCCAUGUUUGAUGCCAAGAACAUCGACCCUGAACUUGCUCUUCGUCUGACAAGACAACUCAGAGAUCUGGCUCUUGCCCUGUAUUCGGACAUCGUCAAUGCAAUCCUCAACCGUGAUGGGACGAAUUCCUUCAACUCAUUUGAUAUAAUCCUAAAAGGAGACUUUAGCCUGCCAAGGACAAGCAUCGGACUUUUCAGCUACAAAAAAAACUUUCUUGUUGGGGGUCUCGUCCCAAUGACCUUUGAAACAGGAGCCGGAGCAUCUUAUGGUAUGAAUAUAGCCGUAGGAGCCAAGAUCCUUGGUAUGAAGGUGUUUGGUGAAGCCGUGCCCUUUGGGAGCGCCCAUGUGUAUGGAGAACUGGGUAUUGGAUUAGGCAUGUACGGCAAGCUGAGAAUCGAUGGCUACCUCAUGAAUGUCCAGUUCCCAACCAGAGCUGAAAUAGGAUUCUCCAAGUUCCCUCUUGACUUGAGUCUGACAAUGGACCUAGAUCUAAUUCCGGUGAUACUGGUACUGAAAGGGCUUGUGACGGUAGAGAUCAAAUUUCUCAAGAUUAAGAAGACUUUGUACGAGGCUGAAAUCUUUAGAUACACUGCACCAGUCAUAAAGAAGAGACUCUUCGACACUGUCAAGAAGGAGGAGGACACGUCUCCACCAGAGUUCCUAGACUAUGUGGACAAACCGGGAGGUUCUGGUCAAAAGAAGAAGACAGUGUCCACAUCACGGAGCUGCUUAGUGAGACAACUCCCCGAUAGAGACUACACAGAGCCGGCUGUAGAGAUAGCCAUAGCUGCCCAGGAUGACCGGAGUCAGGUCCAGAUCUUUGUGGAUGCUGGGACCAAACCUGGACUCAGUGAUGUGCUCAGCGGGGAGAAACUUGGCGGACCAUCAACAAUCAUCACCCAGCGAUUUCCUCAAAGUAGUCAUGGUGCCCCUGUCUUCUUCACGGUGUAUGGUGAGAACAGCGCAGGCAAGAGAUCCACCGUGACUUGCAGCAUCCCCACCUAUGACGUCACGCCUCCUGGUGGCAGACUGACACCAGACUUUAGUUCAACCAGUAACCCAGCUGAGCUGAGAGGGAAUGUGGUGGUGUAUGACGAUUCAGAUCUGGUUAAAUCUUCCGUGGGUGUUGGACUGGGAAGGGGAAUCUAUGGUGAUGAAGUCAUAGCCUACAACUCUGUCAAUCUCAAGAAAAGGAACAGUGUACAGUAUGACUCUGCAUCUGACAAUGCUGGCCACGAAGCGCUGAAACAUUUCACGGGUCGGAAGGACGGCCGACUGAUUGGUCCGGUGUUUGCCGAGUUCUUCAGUAUGAACCAUGCCGGGUCCUGUGUGAAGGAGUGUAUGAAGUUCCCGGAGACCAAGUGUAUGAGCGUCAACUACGACUACGGACCUAAAGGACAUUGUGAACUAUUAGAGGGCAUUGAAGGACACGACUAUAAGAUUUUCAUUUCUGAUCGGUAUGCUCACUUUGAGAGACUUGGAGUUGGCCUUGCCCACGAGUUCAUCUACAAGGAUCUGUCUCUACGUCACGGCGCAAUGUAUUUCUUCAACAUCCACCUCAUCAACGAGCUUCAGUUCGAGUCCAUCCUCCAUAGCGAGGGGAUCCUUGUAGAUUUAACACCUCCCGAGCCAGGUCCACUGGCACAUGUCAGUCUGGAUGUCAUGGAGGUGAAGUCGUGUGCCAGUUUGGCUCCCUAUGACAGAUCAGAGUGGAAACUCAGGUGUCGAGGUGCCAACAAUCAGAUUAAAAACCACAGAAUAAUCCAUGACGGUCCUGGUUCUAAAACAAUUUUCAAUGGUGACAUACCUUUUACCGACCUCCUCUAUACUAGAGCCAGCAGAUUUAUAUCAGCUAACUGGAACGGCAUCAUGGACAAAGAGACUGGCAUCCUUGGCUACUCCUGGACCGUGGGGAGACAAAUCUGUGAGGAGCUGAUCCACCCUCAUCAUGACCCUCACAGAAACCUGUUUGACGAAUCAGCGUGGACAAAUACAGGUGUCAUCAUUCCAAGGGCUCCCUAUGACCCUCUCCCAGAUGGGAAGUAUUACGUCACGUUGCGAGCCCUGAACAAGGUCGAGUAUGGAGGACCGUUAGCGACUACAAUCUGUCACACCACGCCUCUUGGCAUUGAUAACACACCACCGUUUUUAUACGAGAUCUAUAAUAUUUCCUACAACGAAGAUACAUUCACCAUUAACGCGCAGUUUAACGCCAGUGACCCAGAGUCCGACAUCAGAGAAGCAGACUUGUGUCUGGGGCAGACCAAACGUGACUGUCAUCACAUGAAAUGGCAGAGAUCCUCGCACAAUGAUGGCGAUAUCACCCAUCAGUUCCAGAUCCCAGGUGGAACUCCUGUCUGGAUUAAAGUCAGGGUCAUCAAUAAUGUUGAUUUGGGAAAAGUGGGCGUGUCCGACCAUGCGAUCGUAGUCGACACAUCACCCCCUGAACAAGGCAUAGUUUAUGAUGGACCUGUAUACAAGCUUGACCUCAACUUUACCAAAGAUGCCGACGAGAUAUGCGCAAACUGGGUUGGGUUUCACGACCCUGACUCUGGUAUUUCCCACUACGAGUUGUCGGUUCUUGAUGACACAAACAAGACGAUCUCCGAGCCGGUCAGUCUUGACCACAAGACACACGAGACCUGUCUCCAGCUUGACCCUGACCAGAGGCUCGAACACGGCAAGGCCUACAACUUCUAUAUCACCGCAUUCAACGCUGGCCACAAACAGUUGAACGUAUCGGCAAGGUCAGAUGGAGUGAUCGUGGACCUGACUCCCCCGGUGCCGGGUGAAGUUGUUGACGGUAUACGGAAAGGCUUUGACGACGUUGAGUUCAGUACCCACGUUGCCACAGUAGGAACCCAGUGGAGGAACCACAGUGACCCCGAGUCAGACAUCAGAGAAUAUGCGGUACAGGUACUCAGAGCAAAAAAUCCUGACUUUGCGGUAGCUCCUAACUUUGAGGUAGUAAAGGACUGGAAGACUCUGGGCAAAGACGUCAGCCAGAUCGAGUGGCAUAACUUCCACCUAAACCACCAGGACGUUGUCAAGACGAAGCUGAAAACCAUCAACAACGCCCUGGGGACCGUAGAACAGACAACAGAUGGGUUUGUAGUGGAUCUCACUCCGCCCAGGAUGGUGUUCCUAGGUGAUGGACGUGAACAGGGCAAAGAUGCGGAGUUCCAGCUGUCUAACACCACUGUCGAAGCCAACUUUGAGUUCAUAGAUGAAGAAUCUGGAUUGGAUCAUUUCAAGUACAGGGUGUAUCAACUGUACCGAGGGUCAAAACAUCAAAUAUAUCCGGAAUCUGGAAAAUGGGCGAUUAUAAGCGACCCCAGCAUCCAUAGCCUCAGUCAACCAGGGCUAAGGCUAAAGCCAGGCGCCCUGUAUAGUGUGAGAGUGGGAGCUGCCAACAAAGCCGGGGCCGUGGCAGCCUAUGACACCAAUGGUGUACUAUUGGAUAAUACUCCACCUAAGAUGAAGUGGGUGUAUGCUGGUAUCCUGUCCGGCAAUGUGGAAGAAGUCAUCGAUGGCUACAUUGUUCAAUCUGACCCACGCGGUAUCAAGGCCACGUGGUUUGCCACAGACAUCCAGAGUGGAAUCAAGUCUUACAUGGUCGCCGUUGGAACCAGUAGAGGUGGAACCGAUAUUCUAGAUUGGAAGGAUGUUGGUUCUGACAGGAACAAAUACGUUGAUGGUUUGACCUUGACCGUGACUGACCUUGACACGAUGACCCCUGUUUACUAUGUGUCUGUGAAGGCGAGCAAUGGAGCUGAUCUGACUAGUGACGUCAUCACAUCAACCCCCAUCAGGGUAGUGGUGCAGGAUAAGACAGGUAUUGUCAUCGACGGCGCCGACUCGACCGAGAGAGCUUACUUCAUGGACAUCGGAAGCGACAUGGACUACCAGAAAGAUGCGGGAGUUGUGACGGUACAGUUUGCCGGGUUUGAGAGCCACGAGCACGGUGUGACGUACUAUGACUGGGCGGUUGGCACGACACCUGGUGGCGAGGAAGUGCAACCGUUCAUCAAGGCAGGUCUCAUACAUGAAGAAGCAGAGACCAAUGUUCCUGGAAAUGGUAUCUCCAGCAUGGGGUUUGGCCAGGCUGUUCUACCGCUGUCAUCCGGCACGACAUACUACACCACAGUCCGCGGCAUCACCAACGGUGGCAACAUCCUGGAAUCUACGUCAGAUGGGUUUACUGUGGAUAUCACGGCUCCUGCCAUCACUAUGGAAAGCUAUGGCUCUCAGAACAACCAGAGCAACCUCUCACAAACGCUAUGUACGUCAACUAAACAUUGUCCGUGUUUCGCUCACAGCUAUGGUCCUGAGAACAACCAGAGAGGACUGACCCCCACCACGACACUGUACCAAUCUGAGGUGGACUCCAUCUCCUCCUCCUGGAGGGCUGCAGACAGUGAGAGUCCAGUCAAGAAGAUGUACUACUCUGUGGGGACCUACCCCCACGGGGAGGAUGUCCAGCCCCGGACUGACGUGGAGAUCCUGCUGACCGGUGAGGGGGCUCUUCCCACUGGCAUCAAACCCACAACUGAUGGCAAGCCAAAUAUAUUGACUCUAACAGCCGAAAAUGAACUGGGAUUGUCUGCUAGUAUUAUCUCCCCUUAUCUUGUUGUGGACCUGUCAUCACCAGCCGAGGGUGUUCUGACCUGUCCACCAUUUAUUCAGCCGAGAUCUGCCGUGGGGUGCACAUGGACAGGGUUCUACGAUGCCGAGAGUCAGGUUGUAGAGUUUGAGUUCGCUGUAGGCUCCCACGAGGGGCUGGAGGACGUCGUAGCACCUGUCAAACUGCCGGGACAUGCUGCCAAAUAUGUAGUCUCAGGCUUAGCUGGUGAUCUUGUCCAUGGUAAGAGCUACUACGCCAAAGUCAAGGCCAUCAACCAAGUUGGGAUGACGUCAUCCAGCAGCUCCAACGCCAUGUACGUGGACACCACACAACCGGCGCCGGGCGCUGUGGUGGAGUUGAAGUCUGUCUACAUCAUCAACGUCACCGACGAGGUCAUCACCGAGAAACUCAACACCUACGAGUGUGACACAGAGGAAGACUGCCUGGCUAUAGACGCGGUGUGCCAGGAGUCUCUGUCCACUGUCAACGUGGCCUGGCAGACCUUCACUGAUGACGAGACGGAGAUUGUCAAAUACGAGAUAGCUGUUGGCACUUCACCCGGAGGGGGGCAGCUGAGAGGGUUCUUUGAGACUGAUGACGUCACAAAGAGAUACCUGUCGGUCACGGGCCUGGUACUGAAGGGAGUAAGACAGAUAUUUGUGACAGUAAAAGCUACCAAUGGAGCUGGCCUCAGCACAAUAUCCACGUCUAACGGUAUCUACAUGUCCUACCUCAGUCAGGGCUUGGAGCCGCUCACUCAUGUUGGAAUCUGGGAUGGCGAAAGUCACGAUGGAGACCUUGACUUCCAGACGAGUCUGUCCCGAAUGGGGGCCAAGUGGGACGUGUCAGGUGACCCGUGUCCAGUGGUCAAGUAUGAGUGGGCAAUACAAAGGGCUGACGGUCGGAGGGUCCAGGAGUACUUCAAUACAGAAGGAAGAACUCAUGGCGUCAACGACCAACUGAGCAUGCAGAACAUGGAACGCUACUACCAGUACCUACGGGUGACCAACGCCAUGGACUACACCUACACCAUCAGGUCGAACGGCAUCACCAUCGAGGAUGACCCCUUGGUGCCUGGACAGGUCAAUGAUGGAGAUGUCGUGGGAUUUGACCUUGAGUUCUUCCGAACCAAAAGUAAAGUCAGCGCCAACUGGGACAAAUUUGGCAUCGAUGGUAACGCUGACGAGGAAUCCACUGGCAUUGAGGCUGAAAACAUUCUUGAAGAAAAAUCAACCAGCCAAGAAGUUGCUUUCUACGAAGUUGCCGUCGGAACUGACCGCCGUUUUCCACAAACACGUGACAACAUCGUUCCAUUUGUUAACGUUGGCCUCAACAAGACUGUGACCUUUUUCGACCUUGACCUGACCCCCAUUACAGGCACGUACUACUUCACCGUUAGAGCACACAGUCGAUCUGGGUCUACAGCUGACGUCACAUCCAAUGGUUUCUCUGCUGGGUUUGAUGGUGGUGUUUCAGCCGGUUCUAUAGAUAUGAAGGAAUACCUGACAACUCAUACCUACGUAGAUGUAGCGUGGAACGGGUUCGAAUCAAAGAUUGGCAUGAUGAUGUACUACGUGGGCCUGUCCAACAACACGGAGGCGGGCAACUAUAGAUGUGGGCAGUUUACUGAAAGAAGCUCCAUCACUGACGAUGAACGACAAGGUAUUUUCAACAUUGUGGACCUACAAAAUGUCGGGAAGGACACAUUCAUGAAGUUUGAAAAUCUGUCUCUGGAACAGAAUGGAGUCUACUAUGCUUGGGUUGUCGGUGCUGACAAGGCCGGAGAGUGCAACGUGACUAGUCACAAGUUCCAGGUGGACGUCACACCUCCAGUCAAAGGCAGGAUCAGAACAGGGCCCUAUUACGACAUGAAACUGAGUUACUCGGCGAGCAGUGAGAGUCUUCAGACCUACUGGACAGACUUCAGUGAUGAAGACUCGGGCAUCCGCUGCUACCACGCAGCCCUGCUGAAGAGAGCCUCCUGUGACAAAGACUCGGCGGAAGAAACUGUCGUAGAUUCCAUAGAGAUUGAUGUCAACUACACGUCUUAUAAAUUCAUGGACAUCACUAUGCAGGGCAACACUCCCUACUUUGUGCGUCUCGUGGCGGAGAACUUUGCUGGUCUCAAGUCGACAUUAGACUCUCCACCAGUCCUGUAUGACAACUCCCACCCCUCCUCCGGCCUCGUCAUCGACGGACAUGACUUCACUCACGACAUCAGCUGGAGCGGCUCUGCCAACGUGAUUACAGGCACAUUCCUGCACCACCCUGUGCCCGACGUGUCUCCAUGUCCUGUCAGACAGGUCACAUUUGAUGACUCGGAGUGGAAGUACCUGGAGUCAGACCGGAACUACGACAGCAACAACCGUAGCUUGACCUUGACCUACAGGUCAGCUAACGUCCAUCCCGAGUCCGGCAAAGUGGACAUCAAACUGUCCCGAGACACCAAGACUGACACCAUGUUUUCUGGAACCUACUUCAGAGAUGCUGAUCUUGUCAAUGGCGGGGAGUAUAAGCUAUCUAUCCGAGCUGCAGCAGGUGAUGGUCAGGCGGUCACAAGUGUCCUGUUCUGGGACGGCCCAGAUGACUACAUCCUGGACUUUGACUACACACCAAGACCUAUCUGGCCUGAACCCGCCUGUGCCUGUUGCAGGGUUGAUCCUGUUGCUGAGUCCUGUACAUGCAACUGUUCCACCCAAUCUCGGCACAGUAACAUCAGCAAGAGAUCUGUCGAUGUGGAAGACCCUGGUUAUCAGGUAACGAAGCUCUCGGAUGAGGAUAAGAAGAAACUACAGGAGACUGGUUCAAUCACCGACAAGAGUGAAAUAGAUAAACUUACUCCCAGAAAAGCUUGUGGAUUACAGUUGUUUUCGGGAGAAGAAGCCAAGCUGGUGGCAUGGUGUGGGUAUGGUGACACCUUGAAUGAACCUAUGGCAGUUGUGAGGAACCUGGAACAAGACCCUUCCAUAGACUAUCAUCAGUACUGGAUCAGAUUCACUACCCAAAGAGAUGAAGCUAGGGGGUCAGAGAUAACGUGGUGCAUGUUCAUCUCCAUGGACGGGGAUCUGCUGACGGAGCAGUGUGGAAUACCGCGUCUCUCUCCUGACACCAAACUCUUCUUCGGAGUCUGGAACCAUAAGAACUAUAUUCCUGAAACUGAUCGUGAUUCGGAAGGACAUCUGAAGGUUUGGAGUUCUACAGCUUCAUUCCGAGACCUGGUGAUGCCAGCUGACAAGGAGAAUUUGUGUCGCUAUGGAAACGCUUUUCAAGGAGGUGAUAACGCCAUUGUUCGGUAUGAGGCAGGGAUCGGGUCAGCUUCCGGUCUCUCUGAUGUAGUGCCGUACCAACAGGUACAUAAUCCAUGUAUUCCGUGUCUGACCCCCUGUGACAUGUACACAUGUGACCCAGCUUGUGACAGCUCAUCAACAGACCAGGUCAAGAUCACCCUCAACGACCUCAACCUUACAGAAACAACAGUCGUGGAGGGAGAAGUAGUCCCUGUAUUGUACUACCUCACAGGUGAGAGAACAACAGUUGUGGAGGGAGAAGUAGUCCCUGUAUUGUACUACCUCACAGGUGAGAGAACAACAGUCGUGGAGGGAGAAGUAGUCCCUGUAUUGUACUACCUCACAGGUGAGAGAACAACAGUUGUAGAGGGAGAAGUAGUCCCUGUAUUGUACUACCUCACAGGUGAGAGAACAACAGUUGUAGAGGGAGAAGUAGUCCCUGUAUUGUACUACCUCACAGUGAAAGCUGUCCUUGGAUCUGGAACGGAGGCCAUUUCGUCAUCUGACGGCUUCAACAUCGACGCGUCACCACCACUGUUUGACACCGACGUCAUGCUCUACAUCGACGUCGCUCAGGGCAACUUCACCCCUGUGACGUACCAAGGAUCAAACGACACCAUCAAGGCUAUAUGGAAGUGCAAUGACAACGAGAGUGAAAUUGUGAACUACGACUGGGCAAUAGGCAGGACGCCAGGGGGACAGGAGUUGCAGACAUUUGUCUCAGCGGGAGAAAACCCGACAUCAACUAACUCCGGACUUGUGGGCCUCCUGGAACACAACACGACAUACUAUGUGACCGUCAGGUGUACCAACGGGGGUGGGCUGGUCACAACAUAUGCUGAUCCUAGAGGUGUGACAGUCCUGCUUAAACCUCCUUUGGUUGACGACGUCAACACAACGAUAGAGGGAGCUGACCCGCUUGGGGAGACAGUGACGCCACCUAACUCCAUGACAACCACAGACCAGAACACUGUAGGUGCUUCCUGGACCGUAUCUGAUGAUGAGAGCAUCCGGAGAUAUGAUUUCUGUGUGGGGAGUUCCGAGGCCAGCAUCAGUGACAUCUUCCCCUGCACGUGGGUCGGCUACAACACGUCGGGGACGGUCACAGUAACGGAUGGAUACCUCAAAGUAAACGGCGUUGCUAUCUACACAUUGAGCCAGUUCAAGCCAGACUACAACGUAUCUGUCAACACCACGGACAAGUCAGCCUUCACCAUGGCUCCAGGCACAGAGAUGUUCAUCUUCAUGAAGAUGUGUAAUGAGGCCCAGCUGUGCACGACCAAGUUGCUGGGCUCCACCGUAGUAGAGACAGACAUGUCCACGAUGGCGACGUCGUCUGAUGGUUCUGCCGUCACUGUAGAUGUUGGGGAUGGUGGGAGGAGGAAGAGGGACGUUUCAGGAGUAACGGUAUCAACACCAGAUGGGUUACAAGCCGGUCAGAGCAUUGUGGUUACUCAGCUCACGAAGCUUGAUCUACAGACGGAAUACAAGUCUGACGCCUCAGUGGAGUUCAUCCCCUACAUCACUGACCCGUCUACAUCAACCACAGAAGAUGCCUUCACCGACAGAAUUCUCAGAAAGAGGCUCAACUACCAGGACACUGACCUCUCCUUCUCUCUCACUAGUGUUGGUAAUCUUCCCCUACCAGGACCGGUGAAGGUGACCUUCACCUAUGACCCCACGGUCACCAAUACAACCUUGAUGCUGCUUCAUUGGAAUACUGAUGGCCGACAGUGGCAACAGAGCAACAAGACCUGUCUCCAUGAAACAGACACGGAGGUCAGAGACCCCAUGACCUCUCAGGUCACGGUCAAAGUUUGUAACACCAGAUUCACGACAGGCAGCAGCAGCUCCAGACGUCGGCGAUCUGUGUCUGACACGUACUUCAGACACCCGACCCAGUUCCUACUGACUUCAGCUCUGACAGAGAUACCAAAUUCACCUCCUCAGCUCACCAGCAUCACGUCUCUUGUCAUGCAAGAAGAUCAGGGCACAUUGAUAUACCAGAUGACGUCCACAGACGCUAAUGGAGACGUGGUCAAGUACAAGAUGAGUGACGACUCCGCUGUGGCUGAUCUGGAACUGAGGCUGUCGGAGGAUGGAUUAAUGACCUAUACCCCUGCAGCUAACUUCUAUGGAAAUGUAGACGUCCAAGUGGUAAUGUACGAAGUUCCUCAAGCCGAGAUACCCCCGGCUCAAACUGCCGUCAGCAUCACCAUCAGCAUCAACUCCGUCAACGACGCACCGAGUGCCUUUGUCUUCAGUGAUGAGGUCAACAUCCUUCACGCAGAUCCAACGCUUCCAGUUGUGAUUCUUCCCGAAAAUUUUAAUUCAAAUGACAGCGACACCACAACAUACAGAUGGAAGUUUGGGGCAUACGACGUUGACGUCGGCGACAGCUUGACCAUCUUCUACACACAGCCGAGCAGCGGGAACCUUACCGUCGGUGACGUGAACACCACUGUCCCGUGUUCAUAUAAUAGCGGCAUCCCCUGUGACAAGCUCCUGCUCCCCAACCCUGCCGACUCCCUCAACUGGGUCUACAGGACCUUCAUGUACCAACCUGACCCUGGUUACCAUGGUAACGAUGAGGUCCGGGUUUAUGUGCAGGACCAGGGAGGGGUAUACUCGGAUGUCAUCACGAUAAAACCAGGUGUUAUGAAGACACCAUGCAGGAAUAGGGGAAAAUGUAGAAGCAAGAAUGAAAGCUUGUACAACUGCACCAACUACCGCCGUGCUGAAGGUUUUGACCUCCACUAUGAGUGUGCGUGCGCACCUGGCUGGACCGGCAUUCAUUGCGAGGAUAAGGAUGACGUCACCACAGUAAAGCCAGACGUUGUGGAGACACCAUGUCAGAAUGGUGGAACCUGUAAAAGCAAAAAUGAAAACUUGUACAACUGUACCAACUACAGCCGUGCUGAAGGUUUUGACCUCUACUAUGAGUGUGCGUGCGCACCUGGCUGGACCGGCAUCCAUUGCGAGGAUGAGGAUGACGUCACCACGAUUAAGCCAGGUGUUAUGGAGACACCAUGCAAGAAUGGGGGAACCUGUACAAGCACUAAUGAGAGAGUGUACAACUGCACCAACUACCGCCAUGAUGAAGGUUUUGACCUCGACUAUGAGUGUGCGUGCGCACCUGGCUGGACCGGCAUUCAUUGCGAGGAUGACGUCAACGAGUGCAGCAGCUCUCCAUGUUCCUCGCCGUACGUCUGCUACAACGACGUCAACCGAUACUACUGCGCAUGUGCAAAAGAUAAUCCCAACUGUGAUGGGUUGCAGGCAUGGAUGAUCGGUCUGGUUGUGUUGGCGGGGAUAUUGAUAAUCAUCUUGUCCAUCUUAGCUUGGUAUCUCUGCAUGCUCAAACGAGGGGUCAUCAGCUGCCAGUAUUCAGAAGCACAGUCUGGUGAUGGAAUCUCCUUUUCACAAAGGAAGUCUGGGCCACUUAACCACUUGGAUGUCAACAGUUUGUUGACGGUUAACCCUUUGGAUGCACAAUCAGCAGGGUUGUCAGAUGAACUUACAUGA